AUUCAUAGCAAUGCGAACAAUGUCGCUGAACAAGUCGCUUCUUUUUGCCGCGUUGGGGCUUUUGGCCACCUUUGGAUUGAGUCAGGCGGAACGCGUUCACUAUGACAAUUAUCGUCUGUAUAAAGCCACUUCUGAGAAUGAAGAGCAACUGGCUGUGCUGAAGGAACUGGAGGGAUCCUCGGACUCCAUCAUAUUCCUGGAUGGUGUUCACCUCGUUGGGGCCGAUGUCCAGAUGGUUGUUGCUCCACACAAAGUGCCUGAUGUAUUGGAGAUUCUGGGCAAAGCUGAGAUUAAAUAUGAACUGCAGUCUAAGGAUUUCCAAAAGUCGUUGGAUGAGAUUGACGAGAAGGUGGCACCCAAGGGUCGCGCAGGCUCGGAAUGA